AUGUCUGAAGAAAAAGACACUACUUUCACCAUCAGAUCUGGCGGUCAGACUGGUGUUGAUAGAGCAGCCCUAGAUGCUGCUCUACGUUACAGAGACCAUGUGCGAGUUACUGGAUGGUGUCCGAGAGGGAGAUUGGCUGAAGAUGGCGAAAUUCCGCUAGAAUAUCCAUUAGUGGAGACUACGACUGACUCAUAUCAAGAAAGAACUGAACUAAACAUUAGGGAUUCAGAUGCCACAUUGGUUCUACUCUUACCCCUAACGCCACCAGACCAGGGAACAGAGUAUACAUUAGAAAAAGCCAAACUUUUAGGUAAACCGUUUCUUCGAAUUUUCCUUGACGAUACGACCACUAAGGUCAACGAUGUCCUCGAAUGGACCAACAGAAACAAGGUCAAGGAUUUGAAUGUCGCGGGUCCUCGUGAAAGUAGCAGUCCGAAAAUUCAAAAUCAAGCUUAUAAAUUCAUGAAAGCGUUCUUAAGAGAAAAAGUUGAAUCACUUAGACAGACACAUUGA